CGAGGACGUCCAGGAGGAGACGCAGCUGGAUCUCUCCGGGGAUUCGGUCAAGAGCAUCGCCAAGCUAUGGGAUAGCAAGAUGUUUGCUGAGAUCAUGAUGAAGAUUGAGGAGUACAUCAGCAAACAAGCCAAAGCCUCGGAAGUGAUGGGACCAGUGGAGGCAGCCCCCGAGUACCGAGUCAUUGUGGAUGCCAACAACCUGACCGUGGAGAUAGAAAACGAGCUGAACAUUAUCCAUAAGUUCAUCCGGGAUAAGUACUCGAAGAGAUUCCCGGAGCUAGAAUCCUUGGUUCCCAACGCUCUGGAUUACAUCCGCACAGUCAAGGAGCUGGGCAACAGCCUGGACAAGUGCAAGAACAAUGAGAACCUCCAGCAAAUCCUGACCAAUGCUACCAUCAUGGUCGUCAGUGUCACCGCAUCCACCACCCAGGGGCAGCAGCUGUCGGAUGAGGAGCUGGAGCGCCUGGAGGAGGCCUGUGACAUGGCCCUGGAGCUGAAUGCUUCCAAGCACCGCAUCUACGAGUACGUGGAGUCCCGGAUGUCGUUCAUCGCACCCAACCUGUCCAUCAUCAUUGGGGCAUCCACAGCUGCCAAGAUCAUGGGUGUGGCCGGAGGCCUGACCAAUCUCUCCAAGAUGCCUGCCUGCAACAUCAUGCUGCUGGGAGCCCAGCGCAAGACGCUGUCGGGCUUCUCCUCUACCUCAGUGCUGCCGCACACCGGCUACAUCUACCACAGUGACAUCGUGCAGUCCCUGCCCCCAGAUCUCCGGCGGAAGGCAGCCCGGCUGGUGGCUGCCAAGUGCACUCUGGCAGGCCGUGUAGACAGGUUCCAUGAGAGCACGGAGGGCAAGGUGGGGUACGAACUAAAGGAUGAGAUUGAGCGCAAGUUUGACAAGUGGCAGGAGCCACCACCUGUGAAGCAGGUGAAGCCCCUGCCUGCUCCCCUUGAUGGGCAGCGGAAGAAGCGAGGGGGCCGCAGGUACCGCAAGAUGAAGGAGCGGCUGGGGCUGACAGAGAUCCGGAAGCAGGCCAACCGCAUGAGCUUUGGAGAGAUUGAGGAAGAUGCCUAUCAAGAAGAUUUGGGCUUUAGCCUGGGCCACUUGGGCAAGUCAGGCAGUGGGCGUGUGCGGCAGACACAGGUGAAUGAGGCCACCAAGGCCAGGAUCUCCAAAACACUGCAGCGGACCUUACAGAAACAGAGUGUGGUGUACGGCGGGAAGUCUACCAUCCGAGACCGCUCCUCAGGGACUGCCUCCAGUGUGGCCUUCACUCCACUCCAGGGUCUGGAGAUUGUGAACCCACAAGCAGCUGAGAAGAAGGUGGCAGAGGCCAACCAGAAGUAUUUCUCUAGCAUGGCUGAGUUCCUCAAGGUCAAGGGUGAGAAAAGCGGCACUAUGUCCACCUGAAGGGGCCAGGCCCCGGGUGGCCACCCACUGGAAGGACAUGGACAACUGGAGCUUUGAAGUGACCGACCUCCGGCAAGGAAGUUGUGGUGGAGGCAGCCUGCCCUGCUCUGUCCUUGGCCCAAGGCCAGAGCAUCCAAGAAACGGGGUGUCCCCA